GACGACGUGAGGAGAGAGAGAGAGAGAGAGAGAGAGAGAGAGAGACACCAGGAUUUCGUUCAAGUCUGUUAAGAGCAACCACUUUUGUCUUGAAGUUUCAGUUCCUGUCUCUGCUCAGAAACACACACACCGCGAGUAUUAUCAGUGAGCGACAACAACAAGGGAACACGAGGAGGCGGCUUUAUCAGCACAUCUCAAGUGCCCAGCGACUGUGCCAUCUCCGUUCUUGUCGCAGUUUCCAGUCCUAGCGGAGUCCGGAAGGGAAAGCUGGUUUGGUUUUGGGCGGCGGACCAAAAAAUAAAAUAAAAACAUGUCUUUGGAAGAAUCCAAGAGCAAGGAAUGGGAGAUCCUGAGUCCUGUGGAUUUCAUCCAGCUGCAGCAGUACAUCGACUACUCGAACCUCAAGGUGAAGGACGUCUUGAAGGAGUUCUACGGGGAUGGGGUUUUGUCAAAGUAUCGUCAUGGGGCGUGCAUAGACGAGGAGGGCUUCAGGCUCUUCAUGAAGACCUAUCUGGAUGUUAAAGAGGUCCCAGAGGAGCUGUGCCACAGACUGUUCGUGUACUUCCAGAAGACCUCUGAGCCUGGCAGUGCGAGUCGAUCGCAGAGCAACCUGGCUGCUCCUGGGCAGGUCUGCAUGAAGGACGUGUCCUGUUACCUGUCUCUGCUGGAGGGGGGCUGUCCUGAGGACAAGCUGGAGUUUACCUUCAAGCUGUAUGACAAGGAUGGGAACGGUCUGCUGGACAGUUCGGAGGUUGAUCGAAUCAUCACUCAGAUGAUGCACGUGGCUGAAUAUCUGGAAUGGGACGUGUCGGAGCUGAAACCGAUCCUGAAGGAGAUGAUGAAGGCGAUCGACUACGAUGGCAAUGGGACGGUGUCCCUGGAGGAGUGGAUCAAAGGGGGGAUGGCCAACGUCCCGAUGCUGGUCCUGCUGGGGCUUGAAGCGACCAUCAAAGAUGAUGGACAGCACCUGUGGCAGCUGAAGCAUUUCAACAGACCUGCGUACUGCAACGUGUGCCACAGCCUGCUGGUGGGACUGAGGAAGCAAGGGCUUUGCUGCACCUGCUGUAAAUACACAGUCCAUGAACGCUGCGCCUCCAAAGCACUGCUCCCCUGCAUCAGCACCUUCGCCAAGUCGAAAAAGGACGCUGGUGUGCAGCCCCAUGUGUGGCUGGAAGGGAACUGCGAAGCCAGCAGGUGUGAUCGCUGCCAGAAGAAGAUCAAGAGCUACCAUGGUCUGACGGGGAUGCGCUGCGUGUGGUGCCACGUGAAGAUUCACAAUGACUGUGUGUCCCAGGUUCCCUUGGAGUGUGACUGCGGUGCUCUCAAAGAUCACAUCCUCCCUCCCUGUGCAAUCUACCCUGUCAUCCUGGAGAGGCAGAACAGUCUCAAGAAUGGAUCUCUGAGCCCCACACUGUCCGAGGAGCAGUCGUUCACAACCCCCGACGGGCAGAUCCUCAGGAUCACCCCCGUCCCGGAGACGCACCCCCUGCUGGUUUUCGUGAACCCCAAAAGUGGAGGCAAACAGGGCAAGAGGGUGCUGAGGAAGUUCAGGUAUCUGCUGAACCCCAGGCAGGUGUACGAUCUUUCCAAUGGGGGCCACGCUCCAGGGUUGAAUUUCUUUCGGGAUCUCCUGGAUUACCGGAUUCUGGUCUGUGGCGGUGAUGGCACAGUGGGCUGGAUACUGGAUGCCAUAGAUAAAGCCAACCUGUCGGUGCGCCCCCCCGUCGCUGUGCUGCCCCUGGGCACUGGCAAUGACCUGGCGAGGUGCCUGCAGUGGGGAGGAGGGUACUAUGGGGAGGAUCUGCGGAAGAUUCUCCGGGAUAUUGAACUCAGCAGUCUGGUCCUGAUGGAUCGCUGGAGCCUGCAGGUGAUCCCAGACAACCCCCAGGAGAAAGGGGACCCCGUGCCCAAUGACAUCAUCAACAACUACUUCUCCAUCGGAGUGGAUGCCUCCAUCGCUCACCGAUUUCAUCAGAUGAGGGAGAAACACCCCCAGAAAUUCAACAGCAGGGUGAAGAAUAAGCUGUGGUACUUUGAGUUUGCCACUUCAGAGACCAUCUCUGCCUCCUGUAAGAAGCUGAAUGAGUGCCUGACCAUCCAGGACAAGGAAGCCCCUCCCAAUGCAGAUAGAUGGGGAGCCCUGGAUGCAGCCUCCCUGUACUAUCCACAUCACUCACAAGAACCAGGCCCACAUGCUCAUGGCCCCCCACCCUCGCUCCUCCGGCUCCUCCAGCUUCUUCACCCUGAAGAAAAACCCAGCGGAAAGUUAACCCCUCGAGCGCCGCGCGCCGGCCCGCAGCACAGCGAGGAGGGAGUGAGCUGCCAGAGGAUCAAGCUCAAAAUAUCAUACUUCAUAUACCUGAACACAGUUUUGUUUUUUAAAGUUGAAUUAAUUCAACUUGUUUUAGGUCUACUAGGCAAGAUUGUUAUUAUUUAUUUAUUUUUUUUGGUGGUUGAUUUUAUUUAGAUGCUUUGAUUCGCCAGAUCCUCAGGGCUUUGAUUCGGUUAAGAUCAGCCCCACGGUUCGACUCUAUUGAAUACACAUCUGAGACAACGGCAUUGCAGUGUAACUACAGGGCUUUGGGGCACGUGCAGGUCUGAAUGAAGGGACAGAGCGAGACCGCUGCCUCCAAGGACUCUUGAUGCGUCUUCUCGCCGCUGUGUGACAGGAGGUGUACUUUGUAAGUAGUGGGUUCCCGAAAAAUACAACGUGACCCGUCCCAACGUGCUUCUACAUCUGUUUAAAUAACACACCUGUCGUUCUCCUUUUCAACGUUAACAUCCUGACAGCUUUUUUGCACUUUGAAGUCUGUUUCAGAUCUCUUCUCACAAUGUCCGCUCCGGUGCUCUGGGGUUCGAGACCUGUCCUCUAAAUCACUGCAGGGAGAGCGACUGAAAGAAAAAAAACUUAACAGCUGACAGUGCUGGCAAUCACCCUGACACUAUCAGAGCACCGGAGCGGACAUUGUGAGAAGAGAUCUGAAACAGACUUCAAAGUGCAAAAAAGCUGUCAGGAUGUUAAUGUUGAAAAGGAGAACGACAGGUGUGUUAUUUGAACAGAUGUAGAAGCAAGUUGGGACGGGUCACGCUGUAUUUUUUGGGACCCUGCUACUUACUCAUUAAGACUCUGGCUUUACAAAAAAAGAAAGCAGUCAUUUUUGGAAAGGCUGCUGCUGCUGCUGCAGUGCUGUCAAUGGGACUCUCUGUGACGUUCAAACUGUAACGGGGUGGGGGUGGGUAACAGGAUUUGGGACCCCAGCGAAAGCUCACAGCAGAUCUGAUAUACUGUCUGUACCAUGCAAUUCAGCACCAGCAGUGUUCAGUUCAAGAGCGUUGCAGCCUCUGUAGAAGUGCGGACCACACACAGAGUUCCAGUUCCAGUUCCAAUAGGGUCGUGUGCAUGUAGGUGCAGUGCAGCUGCAAUGCAUGGCAGUUUAACUGCAGGCUGCCUGAACUCUGCAUUGUAUUCGUUUCAACAUGGGAGGGAUCCUGCAUCUAAUCCCACCCUGUGCUACAACUGCUAGAGCCUGGUUUUAUAUGUAUAUUAGGGUUUUAAUUAUUUUAUUUUUGAACUUUGACGAAAGCCCGAUCCUCUGCUUUAUUUAUUUAUUUCGCUUGCAUGUACAAUUUUUGUUUUACAGCCAAAUCAUAUUCUGAAAAGUGCCUGGAACUCUAAUCAGAUCCUUUUUUAAAAUGCUAGAAUAAUAAUAAUAAUAAUAAUAAUAAUAAUAAUAAUAAUAAUAAUAAUAAUAA